ACAGAAACGGCAGCAAGUUGCGUGCAUCUAUAAGUAUUCUCUUCACUUAUUGAUGUCUGAACAGAACCGAUUUGUUGGUGGAAAGCGCUCGAUAUCUCUUCCAGCUAUACAACUUUCUCAGGCUCUCAACAAAUCCCAGAAGAAAAAAAAAUGUCUUCCCCAAGUAAGCGCCGAGAGAUGGAUUUGAUGAAACUGAUGAUGAGCGAUUACAAGGUCGAGACCAUCAAUGAUAGCAUGCAAGAGUUCUAUGUGGAUUUUCAUGGACCUAAAGACAGUCCUUAUCAGGGUGGUGUGUGGAGGAUAAGGGUGGAGCUACCGGAUGCAUAUCCUUAUAAAUCUCCAUCUAUUGGCUUUGUCAACAAAAUCUACCACCCAAAUGUUGAUGAGAUGUCUGGCUCAGUUUGUUUAGAUGUUAUAAACCAGACCUGGAGCCCCAUGUUUGAUCUGGUUAACAUCUUUGAAGUGUUUCUUCCCCAACUUCUUUUGUAUCCCAAUCCAUCAGAUCCAUUGAACGGAGAAGCUGCCGCUCUAAUGAUGAAGGAUCGCACUGCUUAUGAACAAAGAGUGAAAGAGUAUUGUGAGAAAUAUGCCAAGCCAGAAGAUGUAGGAGCUGCCCAGGAGGAGAAGUCUAGCGAUGAGGAGCUGAGUGAAGAUGAUUAUGCAUCCAGUGAUGAUGCAAUCGCUGGCGAAGCUGAUCUUUAGGUGCACAAAUGCUUGCCCCAGAAAUAUUCUGUCUGCAUGUACAUGAUAUUCAACUCCUGGAAAAUGAAAACAACAAAAAACUGAAGGCUUGUGGAAAAGUCCCUGCCCCUUCUGUCUCUGAUCUUUAUUUUCCAUUUAUGUUGUUGUAAAUUAUUCAACUAUGAUUCAAAAAAUCGUCGUCUGUUAGGACUAUAAA